CAACGUAGAACCAAUACAUUAGUGCGUGUGCGGCGUGUGUAUAUACUGCUCCAGUGUUGACAUUUAUAACAAUUCACCUAAUAAUCAUGGUUAUUCCACAAAAAGAGAGUCUCAAGAGAAGUUUUGAUAAUGAUAAUUCUGACGAAGAAGUAUUGGAGAAGAAAGUUAAAACUGAUGAGCCAAUACUGUGUCCCUAUUUAGACACUAUCAACAGACAUGUCUUGGAUUUUGAUUUUGAAAAGCUGUGCUCAGUGUCUCUGUCAAGAAUUAAUGUGUAUGCAUGCUUAGUUUGUGGAAAAUAUUUUCAAGGAAGAGGCAACAACACUCAUGCUUACACACAUAGUGUAUCCGAAAGUCAUCAUGUAUUUUUAAAUCUCAAUACACUAAAGUUUUACUGUCUUCCAGAUAAUUAUGAAAUUAUCGACUCAUCCCUGAAGGAUAUUAAAAGAGUUCUAAACCCAACUUACAGCGAUGCCAAAAUUGCAGAUUUAGAUAAAAAUAGUAAGCAAUCAAGAGCUAUUGAUGGCUCUAUGUACUCUCCUGGUAUUAUUGGUUUGAAUAACAUCAAAGCUAAUGAUUAUUGCAAUGUUAUUCUGCAAGCCUUGGCGCAUGUCUCGCCAUUGCGAGAUUAUUUUCUUAAAGAAUCCAACUAUUCCAAAGUAAAACGACCACCCGGUGAUUCAUCUUUUAUUUUAGUCCAAAGAUUUGGAGAAUUGAUGAGAAAGUUAUGGAGUCCUCAUAAUUUUAAAGUACAUGUAAGUCCACAUGAAAUGUUGCAGGCAGUUAUUUCAUGGAGUGACAAAAAAUUUCAAUUUACUGAGCAAGGAGAUCCAGUUGAUUUUUUAUCAUGGUUUUUGAAUGCUUUACACAUAGCUUUAAAGGGUACAAAAAAAGAAAACUCUAGUAUUAUUUAUAAAACAUUUUUAGGAAAAAUGAGAAUAUUCACACGGAAAAUUCCUCCACUUGAAUUAGAAGAAAGUCAACGGAGUGAACUUAUGAACACUGAUGAAUACAAAGAAACGGCAACGGACAGCCCUUUUCUAUUUUUAACAUGUGACUUGCCACCUCCACCUCUGUUCAAAGAUCAAGUUGAGGAAAAUAUUAUUCCUCAAAUCAACUUGUAUACGCUUCUGAACAAAUUUAAUGCAACGAAUGAAAAAGAAUAUAAAACUUAUAAGGACAGUUUUAUGAAAAGAUUUGAAAUAAGAAAACUUCCACCUUAUGUAAUUCUUUACAUCAAACGUUUCACAAAAAAUACAUUUUUUGUUGAAAAAAAUCCAACGAUCAUAAACUUCCCUGUUAAGAACAUUGACUUUGGUGAUAUAUUAACUCCAGAAGUAAAAGCAUUGCAUCCUAGUACAAGUUACGAUCUUGUUGCUAAUAUUGUGCAUGAUGGAGAACCAAGUAACGGUACAUACAAGGUUCAUAUAUUACACAAAGGUUCUCAACAGUGGUAUGAAGUGCAAGAUUUACAUGUAACGCCAAUUUUACCACCUAUGAUUACAUUAACAGAGGCUUACAUUCAAAUUUAUGAACUAAAAAACUGUGAAGAACAGGUAAUUAAAGUUUAGAGAAUGUAUAAUGCU